UUGUCAUGUUUGUAACAUACAUGACGAUUGGAGUUUGAAUUCUUUGCGAUAUCGCCCUUUCGAAAUGAAAUUGAAUCCUGAUGAUGGAUACCGAAAAGGUUUAUUUUCUCACACUGAAUUUUGGAAAAUUAUGAAGUUUGACGAUCCUUGCCGCAGCGAAGAGUUCGAUCUUUGUCCUGCUCGUUGCAAAACAUGUGUUGAAAUUAAGAACUGCACAAGAAAGCUUUGGCACGAUGAUGGAGUCGAGCACAACCAGUCUAGCGCUUGUUUAAAUGAAGCUUGUUCUGUGUCUACCAAUGGGCAUCAUUUCGAAUGCAAUCAUAUUCCCAAAUUUCAUAUUGUAUUUGUUUUUGAUACUUCGGGAUCAAUGAGGGCAUCCGACUGGCGGCCUUCUUCAGAUAUUGAUAUUUGUAUCCAUAAAACUUGCCAAAAUCGAUUUGGAGCCGUUCUGUUGUCUGCAUUAGAGAUGCUUCAAUCUCGUCAAUGGAUAACAAACAGAUGUCAAGUGACUAUGAUAACGUUUUCAAUGGUAGGCCAUGCAAUUUUUAAGCGAAAAUCUUUAGAAGAAGCUAUCAAAACGUUCGGCGACAUUUUAAAAGACGGAAUUAAGUCGUCAUUAUUUCAAGAAAAGAUAACCAAGUUUAUGCUGCAUACAGACGUAUCUUCUAGAAACGGCAAAGAUAUCACUUUAUCUGGAUACACAUCGUUCGCAGAAGGACUGAAGGAGGCCAACUCUGCUAUUGAGGAAAACUUGAAAGACGACGAAACUACAGUUAUUGCAUUUUACUCUGAUGGACACAACAAUGCCUGCAAGAAUAAUGAUAUCAAAACGCAAAUAGAAAAGCUAGGAAAUUUGAGUUGCCAACCUCUUAGAAUGUAUUUGAUUUACAGCGAAAGGGAAGCUGCUGAAGUAUUUAGUAUGAUGAAAGAAUGGUUUGAGAAGAAAUUCAUUGGACAGAGUUCUUCUUGCAAAGUAGAAUGCUCUCCGUGUACUCAAGAAUGGAAAGAAUUAAAAGAUCAGUUUAUGAAAAUAGCAGAAGAUUGCGCACAAAGGCAGUUUGUUGUUGUGAAAACUGAAGACUACAAUCAGCAAUUAGAUUGGCAUUGUUUUCCGGAGCAAUCUGAUGCAGCGAAGUUACAAUCACGGCCAGCCCGUUUGGUUUUGUCUAGUGCUGUCUACUUCAAACUUCUAGUCUUUUUUAGACCAAUCUGGUCUAAAUUUGCAAAUCACAUCUCAUACAGAGAGCACAUCUUGGAACGACAAGAAACAUCAGUUUUACUGUACGGGAAUUCUCACGAUUGUCUGAAUGAGAUUAUGAAAGACUUAGCAUUGCCUCAUGGUUUUCAAGUGUAUGAAAUAGAGUUUGGUGGACAUUCUGGCACCGAACAGCGGGAUAAAAUUAUUAGAGCUUUUCAAAGAGGUCGAGACGCAGCUUCUGGUUCUCGUGUGUUACUUCUGUUUAGUCAAUUAGAUUUAGCUUUUCACAGUUGGGAUAGUGGCAGUGCUGACACUGGCGAACCAGAAUUUCUUCUGCAGUUGGUGCUUCUCAAACUCAAACCUCCCGAAAACGUGGAUUUGUGCGUUUGCUGCACAUCUUCAAAUCCAUGGGCCUUUAGUAAUCAGGUUUUACGCAGUUUUAGUUUGCUUGUUGAAGUCUCUCAUCCAACAGAAAAAGAAAUCAGCAAAAUUGUCAACAGCUGCUUUUCUUCUGCGAUUCGGGAAAACAGAGAUCUCGUUCAGCAAAGACUAAAUGGUUGUACUCUAAGCAGCAUUUACAAAUGUUUGAAAUCUAUUGGCAGCAAUGUCGAUGGCUUCUUGCAGGAUGACAGUUCGUUAGAAAACGUAGAAGAAAAUAUUCCUGCACAGUUAGUUCCUGAUCAUAUUCGUGAUCGAAUUCAAACUAAACAACAAGCACUCCGCUAUUUUGAUGGUAAAAGGAGACUUUCAGAAAUGAGCCAUGAUCCGCCACAUUGCGGAGUACUAGUUGAAUCGGACAUAUUUCAGUACUACUCGGGUAAACUUCCUCUUGAACAGAGGUUAUGGGCACUCAUCGGUGAGCAGCAGUACAAAACAAUAGAAAGGUAUUGUAUGACAAACAGCUUACCUGAAAAAGUCAGCUGUGUUCUAAUUGUCGGCGCUAACGAUGCAUUGAAUCAUUGGAUCUCUUCUUUUAUUGCUCACAAAGUAGCGGGAUGGUACACUUGGAUUGCAGCAAAUACUUUGAAAUUUUGCAAUUUACAGGAAAUUUUAUUUCAACGGCUGCUUGAUACCACAACAAAUUCUGUUGUUAUCUACGCAGAGAGUUUGGAUGAGGCGUCCAAAGAUAACUUGAAUUUUUUGAAUUCAUUAGCAAAGAAAUUGGUGAAACGUAAGAAACGCUUACAUAUUAUUGUCAGCGCAAGCGCAGAUGGAGAAAGGAAAGCAAAACAGUCAACUCAGGAAUUGCAAUGGUGGCUAGAUGCCACGAUCAAAAAUGAUGUUUUCCUGCCACUAGGAGCGGCAGCACGUAAUCGUCAGCGUUUGAACCUACUCCUUGAUAUAAACUAUUCUAAUUGGAGCAAAAUCAGUAAUGAACACAUGUCUUGGAUUGCUGCAGAAACUAAAGAAAGAAGCUUUCAAGAAGUUGUGGAUGUACUGAGAAAGGCUUUUGAUCGUACACUAGUAGACUACAUCGACUGUACGCAUGUGCAAGCAGUUGCUCUUACUAAGUUUGAUGAAUCAAAUCCACCGAUGAACGGUCAUUAUUUUAUUGCAUCCCCAUCUGAUGCACUUUGUGCCGUCCCGCUGACAGAUGAAAUCAGCACACAAGCUGAAUUCAAAUUGUCUCCUCGACGUCUAACUGUGGAAGACGUUGCUUUUGUUUUGAAUCUUCCAACUCGCUUUUGUCCAGAGAAAUUGGGGAACACUAAAAGAAUUCCUAUUGAAGAAAAUGAGAAGAGAAUUUUAAAGAUCUCAUGUGACUAUGCAGUUGUAUCUGUGGAAAUCCAAAUAGACUCACUAGAAAAUGAAUGUAUAAAUGACUCUUGCACGCCUGUGGACGAGGAAGUUGCAGUUACAGACAGUGACAGUGAAGUUGCAAGCAUGCAAACUUUAGAUGUGGGCGAGCCACGUGCAGCACUACAAAAAAUCAGUGAGUUACAUGACAUGGUCAGCGAGGCUUCAGAUCACGACGACAGUGAAAACACAGACAAUUUGCCUGAAGAUUUUUUUGAGAUGACGGCGUUUUUUUGUUCACCUGGACAACUGGACCCUCCUUGCAUUUAUACGAAUGGAGAAUAUAAACUUGGCCCUGUCUUUUAUUUUGGAGAAAUCCGCAAAGCUUUGCUGUCCCAAUGUUUUCGAGCAUCGAUCACUUUGCCAAGUGGGUUUUCACUACUCGACUCUGACGUUUGUUUGUGGCACAGUAAAACUAAAGAAUACCAGAUACCCAAGUGGAAGAAGGUACAGCUCUGUCGCUGCACAGAUGCAAACAAACGCACCAUUUUCUAUCCGAAAGGACCAUCAGUUACACUUUCCAAUGACAACAUGUCGUUCGUGACAAAGAAGCUUAGUGGGUUUUGGGCAUGGACAAAGUGCCAGUCUCCACUCAGCUGCACAAUUUCUUAUCAUUAUGUGGCCUGUUUGUAUGCCACACAGUGUCCAAAGAAAGGGACAGGAUGGAAGUUCAGAGUAUAUGUAUUACCAAAAGAACAGCUACAGAUUUUAGACAAUUUGGAAACAAGUCGAAUUCACGCUGGAUACCGAGUAGACGGUCCUCGAGAAAUAAGAAGAAAUCUUCAACAGUUUCGUGUUUUGAGUAAUGUCAGCAAUGGAUGGCAUGUUGCAAACGAUAUGAUGGACAUCGUGCCGGAGUACAGUGGAAGGCCUCGUAGUUGUUCUAAGGCACUUGAGUACAGAAUCGAUCGCAUACCGGACUCUGAUGAAGAAACGUUUUUCGUAUCGUUCAAAUUGAUGGGAAUCGAGAACGACGUGGUAACCAGUUUGUAUGUACAGCAGAGUUUCCCGAGAAAGUGGGCAUCGUCUUGUGGCAUGGUAGAAGAAGUAAACGUAUUUUCAGAACUGGCAACAUCAGCAACAAGAACAUCUUCCAAAGAAGAAAAUGUCGCCAGGAGUGUGGACCUAAAAACCUUCCGUUCUUUGGCAAAUGUUUUGGGUUUUAGCGAGACAGAAAUUGCUACCAUUUCUGAGGUAGCAAGUGAGGCAAACGAAGGUGUAACGAAGUGGGCGAGAGAGCUAAUUAAACGAUGGAAAGAUGCGGCUAGAGAAAGGGGGAUUACAGGAGACUCUCGCAAGCAGCAUCUUAUCAAUGCUUUAUUGUCCGAUGAAGUUUCCAGACAAGAUCUUGCGGACAUGUUGCUUUAACCUAAAACUGCUCACUCUCGAUGACUUACCCGAUUAAUCGUGAACAUGACAUACCUAUGUGACUGUUGUCUUGUUUGUACUAAUUGAUUGGAAUGGGUAAGCUGCAUGAUGCAUUGGUUAAAAUUAAGAGCAGCAUGGGAGUUAGGGAACUUCAGUUAGACGAGAUGUUCAUUAUGGGGUAUAUUGCAGCAUUAGCCAGUAUGACUGUACGACUGCUAUGCAAUUUUUUGCUGACAUUAGCCGUAUGUUGCUCUACAAAAUGGCAGAAUUGCUGUCUAGCUGUUUGAUCUAGCUUUAUGUUUUAAUUGCUAGAGCAUUCAAAACAAGUUAAUCUUGCGAA